CUUGAAUAUUGCUGGAGCCAAAGGACGUGCCAUCUGUCCCAUUCGUUGUAGUGCAGCUGCCAGGAAGGAACGCUUGUCGAGACAGUACCAGUAUUUUGGAAGCUCGCUAUUGUGCUUGGGCAGGAAUGUCGUAUUCAAACGGACGAGGCUAUGGUGGUGAUCGGCAUUAUCGGCAACGGGGCCCAAAUCGGCGACGGUAUGAGGAUAAUACUCCCUCUAAAUCACCUGAAGAGCUCAAAAGAGAACAGAUCGUGUCGUAUUUAUUCCGACUAGGAGACUCGGAUCAAAAACAGCAGGCGGAUCUGUGCGCGACACAACUGCUACGAGACUUUGGAACACAUCCUCAAAUUGUGCGGAGUGUAUUCAAGGAAUGCAUAACCCAUGUCCCUCAGAAAGUAUCCUUGUACGGCACCUUAAGCGGGUUGCUGAAUGCACGGAAUUUUGACGCUGGUGCGGCCAUCAUUGAAAUCACCUGUGAGGCUUUGCAAGAGGCCCUCAACAACAGCGACUUCCGCUCCACCAAGAUUCUCUUGCGUUACAUCGCAGAACUCGUGAACGCAAACGUUAUCCAAUCGACGCAACUUAUCGGCCUGUACGAUCUAUUUUUGAACGUGCUGAAUGAGCCAAAUGUGCGACCGGAAAGGGCUGAUGCGUUUGUCUAUUCUGUGCUUGCGAGCAUUCCAUGGGCCGCACGUCAGCUUAGCGACACGGAAGCAACUGAACUUGAACGCAUUCUGGGGUCCAUUGAGAAGCACAUGAAUCAGCGGCAAGCAAAUCUUGCAACUAGUGGGAUUGAACAGGCGAUGGAAGCGCUGAAGGUGUACCGCGACGUACCCGAAGGUGAACCGUAUCUCGUGACGGAUCGGCUGGAGAGUCUGUGGCGCCAGAUCAUUCAGCUCAAGCAGGCCGACGAAUGGGACCUGAAAAUCAUCUUGAGACCUACAGAUUUUACCGAUCUACUCAGCACGCAACUACAACAUGAGCUGAGGCCCAUAUCCAUUCCAUCUGGAGAUGUGAAGUUUUCCUAUCAACCUGUUUUUCGUAUUUUCGAUGACUCUGUUCAAGGUGUUGAAAAUAUCAUUGUCCGAUUACCCUCCGUGCUGAGCAUUUCACGGUUCAUUUUGGACGACUUGAUUUAUGAUAUCAUCCGAAUCUUCUCCCACAAUCACCGGGAAGUGUGCCGAAUGCUCACAGAUCUGGAGACUUUUUUGAACGGGUACUAUCUCAGGGAUGGAGGGUUCAACGUUAUGGCCAGCGUGAUAGAAACCGUGUUCGGUGAACUGCUCCGGCUCCCACGGAGUGGUGAGCGAUCAGUGUACUAUGCUACUCUGCUGAUAGAUCUUAUCAAAGAGGACUUGCAGACGAUUCCCAAGGUCCUAGGACGGGCCAUACGAACAUUGUUUUCAAGGUUGGACGGAUCGCAAGGUUUGGGUGGGGGAAUGGACGUGGAAGCUAUUCGGAGAUUCAGUGAGUGGUUUGGCAUCCACCUGAGCAACUUCGGAUUUAUGUGGAAGUGGCAGGACUGGGAGCCCGUCCUGUCUGUUGAACAAGACUCUGCCUGCUUUGUGUUCAUUCGGGAAACUCUGGAACGAUGUAUCCGUUUAUCGUAUUGGGAGCGCGUCCAGGGCAGCCUUCCAGAAGCAUUUGCGGAGAGUGAAAUUAUCUUCCCUCAGGAACCGCCUCAUCCGAACUUUAAAUUUGAGUCAGAGGAGACCACUGGAGAUGCACAGCUUUAUGAGUUAACCUCCCAACUGCGAUCAUCGUUAGCAACGAAGAGCGGGGCAGAAGAAAUCUCAGAUCUAUUGCAAAGGAUUCGUGAUCAUGCCACCAGCAACGCUCCCAACGCUAUGGAAGGAGUUGUUGGAGCGUCUGGCGGAACUGGGACACCUGAGGAUCUAGCUCGAGAAGCGCUUGUCCAAUGCGUUAUGCAACAAGGCAGCAAAAGUUUCAGUCACGUGUUGAAUGUGGUUGAACGGUACCUAACAGUACUACGCGAUUACAAUGGCACUGAAGAGGCACGAAGCCACACCGUUCGGAUAAUAGUUGACUUCUGGAAGGAUAAUACGCAAUUCUUGGAGAUCAUCCUGGACAAGCUCAUGAACUACCGCGUUGUCACACCUAAAAGCAUCCUGUCCUGGGCUUUGGAUCCAAGUGUGUUGGAUUCACACUACACGAGGUUCCAUCUUUGGUCAAUUGUACGCACAACCUUGGCCAAGGUGAAUUUCAAGAUAGCGCAAAUAACCGCGAAACUUGAAGCAGCACGGAGGCAAUCAUCCGUAGACAACGACCUCAUGUUGCAAGAUGGCGAUGACAGUGUCAUCCAAUCUUUGGAGGAAAACCGACAAGGUGCUUUGCGAGAACAAAAAGAAGUCUUCCUGCAUGUAUUCCAGAGAUUCGUAGAUGCGAUAAGAAAUAAAUGUCGCUCACUGGAGUCCCAGGGGAUUGACCCAACGAGAACGGCCUGGUACCGUUGGGUUAUGGGCAACAUGCGGGAAGUCGCUCGUGGGUUCCCAACGGAGGUGAAAGCAUACCAGGUUACACUGGAUAUGAUCAUUUUUACCGACGACGUCGACCCACGCAUAUUGAAAGUAUGGCAAGAGAUCAAAAGUGUUUAUUCACUACAUACAGAUACGCUAGCGUAAUCGCCAUGCGAGUCAAAUGAUUUGUAGACGUAGUAGUGGAAUAUUAAUUGCUUUGUCUCCAAGACCUUGAA